AUGACAGAUGUUCUAAACAUGACUCCGACAAAUCAGGAUGCUCCAGCUUUUCGGGCUUCGGCAACGGCACGUGAGCUUGAGCGCAUUCGGGCGAAACGACGUUUGUUGGAGACGACAGGAAAGAUUAUGCCUGCACCAACUUCAUUUGUGCUGACCGAAUCACAGCAGCACCAGCCGACUACUUUGAAACCUGACGUUGAUCCAGCCAGUCGGAAUGCAAAGAUUAAAUCGAAUGCCCGAAAGUUACUGGACCAGCUUCAAGCUGCGGACACCAGCUUGGGUGACAGUGCAAGUAAUCUUAAGCUCUUGUUUGCAAAGCAAGCACUGCGGGCGCUGGCGGAGCGGCAGGCUGCGGCAGCAGCAGAUGCACAGCAGCGGAAGCUGGACAAGCUGCAGGAGCGUCUCGUGGAGGAGCACAGGCGCCAUCACCUACAGAGACACGAGUAUGCUAUUCAGGCGCAGCAACAGGCGGCGCUGGCACAGGCCCAGUUGCUGGCACGUCCCCCGAUAAUAUUAGCCCCAUCCUCCGCCCCCUCGCCGGUCCCGCAGGUCAUCCAGGAGGGGCGGCGGCCGCCGAUCUCCAUCACGACACUCCCCCUCACCCCCGACUCUUUCUUUGGAGGCCCGACGGAGGCGGGGAUUCGCGGCGCCGUGUCUGCCCAAGCGCUAUCGGCGCUUCUGGCGGGCCUGCAGUCGCACGGCGUUAACUUGACUUCAGGCCCGCCGCCGGCGGCCGCAGCGCGGGUCAACACCACUGAAGGCGAUGGGGCGAGUCAAGGUACUUUGGCAUCACUGUCCCGAACGGGUGGCAGUGGCGGAGCGGCGGAGGAACCCCAGUACGUUUUGCUCCCUGACGGGAGCGUCCCGGCGCCAGGGCAGGCGCCGCCGCCGCCGCCCCAUGCCCUGCCUUUGGUACUGCUGCAGCCCGCUGCGGGUGGGGGGGUCGCGCCAUGGCCAGGCUCGCAGUACGCUUACAGUGCCGGGGUGCCGCCGCGUUGGAAGCUUCCCGCGGGGUCACCCGUUUCCGGUGUCGCCAUCAGCCGCAGCAUCAGGGCCGGCACCACCGCCGUCACCGGCCCUCUCCUCCCCACCCGGUCCUGCCCGGGGGACGUCGACGCGCGGUACUCAAUCUCCUCUCUGUCCUCCGAUCCGUACGGCGGCUCAGUGCUUAUCAGCGGCCCCACGGAUGACGGCGGCGGUGGCGGCGGCCACCGCGGCGGCGGCGGCGGCAUCGUAGACAUGCGAGGUCCAACACAUCCGUCACCGCCACCGUCGGCGGCGGCGGCGGCGCAGCCGCCGUCGCCGUCGUCACCUCCACACCCGACGUCAAAUUCUAGCACCAUGACGAUGCCGUCUUCCGGAGGUGCACCCGAGGCCGUGCAGGGAAACGUUCAUGGUGGUAGCGGAGGUUACAGUGGCGGCCGCUACCACCAUCGUCACAGCCAUAGCGGCGCGGAGUCGCUUCGCUCGCUGCAGUCCAACGGCGGCGGCUCCGUACGCAGCGGCCGUCCGGGGUCAGCGGCGCCGUCGUCGCAACACUAUGAGGCUACGCUGGCAUCGCCAUCGCCACGGGACAGCUUGCAGAAUCUGGACAGCCCAGCGUCAUUCAGGGACAUGCCGAGACGAACCUCGGGGUCUAUAAAUCUGUCACCCCUGCGCAACGGCACCGGCACGGGCGCUGGCGGCGGCGGCAGCGGCGGCCGCACCAGCAGCGGCGGCGCCGCCGCUGGCGGCAGCGGCCCUCGGCAUCGCACCUCGCCGUUAUUCCUCACUUCCCUCGGCGCCGCCGCUGGCAGUGGCGGCGGCGGCGGCGGCAGCGGAUCUGAUCCAAGCAUGGCGGCCUUCGGCAGGUCCGGCUCGUCUGAAUCGAGCGCAAGCGGAUCUGUCGUACUGCGGGUAACAGCAGCCGGGUCAGUGUCGGCGCAGUUGCAGCCUGGCGUUGGCGGCGGCGUUGGCGGCGGCGUUAUCAGCGAGCCUUCGGGCCUAGACUCCGUGACCGGUGGUGGCGAGGAGCCGUCGCUGCUACUGCGCACCUUGGAUCUUGGAUCGCCCUCCCAGCAGCGAAACAAGCUCGCGGAGGAUCAAUCUGAGACGCCAACAAGUCGCAAGCCCAGCCUCGCGAGCCCAUGGAGCUCGUCAGGACCCUCCGAUGCCGCCAUAGGCGCCGGCAGUGGCCUUGGCGGGUACGGCGGCGGCGCCUCCGCCAUCACUGCGUUCCCGACCACACGUGACUUGCUGGCCGACGUUUCGUCGCGGCCGCCCUUGUAUGGCACGUCGCUACCGUACGGCACCGCCGGGCUAUACGACCGUUACACUGCUGGGGGAUUUUUCGGCGCCGCGGGGGGCCUGUACGGGCCGAGCCCCGUGUACGGUGCGCCGUCACCUGGCGGUGCCGGCGGCGGCGGCGGCGGCUUCGGUGGCUUUGAUGUCGCCGGCGGCGGCGGCGGCGGUGGUGGUAACGGGGGCAGCGGCAGUCUAGGGGAUCGCAUUUCAACCGCUCCCGCCAGCGGAGCCGGCGGCGGGGCCAUGGCGCCGCGCAGCCCAAGUUCGGAUAGCCUUCGGAGCACGGGCCUGGGCAUGCGGGCGUACGGCGGCGGUACGGCGCCCACUUCAGCGUCGGCUGCGGCGUCGGACUUGAUGGGUACGAGCGCAGCGCUGGCGUUGACGGCGGCGAUCCUGGAGGGCUCCGCCGCCAGCGCCGCCGCCACUUCCAUCAUCACAGGUUCUACUGUGGGCUUGUCGGCCGCGUCUGCUUAUGUGGGUUGCUGGAUUAUGGAUGCUCGGGAAACUCGUGUAAUGGGUCUCUGUACGGAGAGGCAGGGAAAUGCAGGGGCGGGGCCGUCGGCAGGCCCAAGCGGCCUGGGCCGCACCGCAAGCGCUACCAGCCGUCGAGCUCGAGGCAGCGACAACGGCAGCGGCGGCGGGACCUCUGGCGGCGGCGCCGCCGUCGGGGGCGGCCCCGGUUCGGGCCAACAGGGCGCAUCGGCCGCCAGUUCUGCUGCCGUGAAUGCGGCCAUUAUGGCCCGACUGUCCCAUGGGUCGAACCUGGAGGGCGUGAACUCCCCACGAACUCGCUCCAGGGUGCAGCUGAUGGGCAACGACGACCUGACCGAUGUGCUAUCCCAGCGCUCACUGAAUCCGUCUUCUGGGGGCCACCUGCACCAGCAGCAGCAGCAGAUUACGGCUGCAGUGAUGGCAACGGCAGCGCAACUGACGGCGUCGACGAGCUCGUCGACGCGCCUCACUGCCGCCGCCCUGAACGCCCAGCAGCAGCACCUCCAGCAGCAGCAGAGCCAAGCAUCGUCGGCACAGGCUUCGCCGUCGCGGUUCGGCAGCCGUACCACCGCCGCUGCCGCCGGCAGCGGGCCCAGCACUGGCGUCGCCGGCGUAACGGAUAUCGGUGGGCUACAGCCCACGGUGCCGAUGCUGCAGCUGCCGUCGCGUGCGACGUCGCGGAUGCUUCUCGGGGCCGUGGGGGCGGCGCCGCCGCCACCUGGCGGCGCCGUAAGCGGCCAAAGCUCCGAAACUGCCAGCCCGACGAGGAUAGAUUACCCGGGGCUGAGCGAUGCGGAGCAGAGCAUGAGCGCGCGGAGCGGCAGGUCGGCCGUGUCGGAGGGUGUAGCGGCUUCCGGGAUCGCUACUGCCACCUCAAUCUCCUCUGCAGAACGUGUGUCUGGGGUGCCAGUGGUGGAACACCGCGAUGGCGGCCUGGACCCGGCGUCGUACUCGGGCGUCAUUCAGGCCAUUGACGCCUUGACGGCGGCCAGCACUGGCGGAGCCGGCGGUUACGGCGGCGGCGGCGCGGCGGCGCCUGCAGUAGCGGCGGUAGCGCCGCAGGCUCAGCCACCGCAGCCAGGGCUGCCGCCACUGCUGGAGCUUCUGAACAACAGCCCUUUUUCUGUUUCGGCGUCCCCGCCGGGCAGCGCCGGCCCGUCGCCGCUGGGGUUCGGGGGCGGCAGCACGCCACUUCUGCGUUCCGUUGACUCAUUCGUACGUAUCGGCAGCAUGCCGCUCUCCGGCGCCGCUUCGCCAAUGGCCACCGGCAACCCUAUUGAAUUUUUGGGAUCUCCGACGAAGCAACCUCAGCUGCACGGCGUCGGCGGAGGCAAUCGCGGCAGCAGUGGCGGCGCCAGCACCGCCGGCGGCGCCGCCAACGGGCGCGGCGCAUCGUCUGGGACGGUGGUGAGUGCAGUCGUGCCGCAAAUGCCGCCGGCGGCGGCGGCGGCGACACUGGCACCGCCGCAACACCAUCAGCCCAUAACGCCGUCGGGUAAUCCGCCACCGCCGCCGCCGCAACCAUCACAGCAGCAGCAGCAACAACUAACCGGUGCAUCGUUUCGGAUGAGUACGGGGGUCCCGGGUACCGGCUCACAGGCCGCAAGCAUGGCAGGCGGCUUCGCCUCCCCUUCUGCCGUUGCAGCGGCGGCGGCGACGGCGGCGGCCGGGGCUACUCGAACCCCCACCUCUCAUGCCUUGGCGGCGGCGGCGGCGGCUACGGCACCAGCUCUCAGCUCCUUGGCCUCAGCCGGCAGUGCCAAAGUGCUGUCACCCACGUCGAGUAAAGGAGCGCGGCUGCCAGUGGCAGCAUCGGUAACGCUGCCAGCGUCUCCGUUGCAACGCGGGGGCGGCGGCGGCGGCGCCACCGCCAGCGGCGCCGCCGGCCGUACCGGCACCACAGCGCUCUUGAACCGGGUUUUGGGGGGCCGCGGGGAGUUCGACUCGGACGAUGACGACGGCGACGCCGUUGGUGGCACCAUAUCGUUCACCUCAUCGCCUGGCCGGGCCCCGGUCGGUUUGCCGCCACGGGGGGGUGGUCUGGUUUCCGCGAACCUCGGCGGCGGCGGCGGUGGCGGCGGCGGCGGUGGUGGUGCUGGCACACAGACAGGGCUGCGCGCUAGCGUGCCUGCAGCCCAGGGCUUCCAGUCGAUUGGGCUGUUCGUCUGUUUGUGCCUGUCCAGGGAGUGGACUGCUGCUUGGAAGGAGGCUGGGCAGGGGGGGAGGUCGGGAUGCUCGUCGGGCGUUCUUGCGAGCUGGAACUCCCCAUGCCAUAAGCCCCACCCUGCCGCUAGCUUCCCAAGGGGUUUAGCUCGCCUAGGUGGCAGAGGGCAGAGGUGCACCUACCUGCCAGGCUCAGGAGCUACAGGCGCAACAGGUCUCGCGGCUUACACAAUACCUGUAGCAAAGCGAAUGGCGGAUGGAGGCCGGCUUAGCUAUUGUCCAACUGAAAUAUGCUGCCUCUAA